AUGUCUAAAUUUUUCAAAUAUGCAGAUAACCGAAUAAUGGCCAAACAAGUCCUUGAAAUGCGGGGUUUUAAGAAAGUCAAAAUAGUUCACGAAGACCACCCCACAACACGUGAUCGGAAUAAUUCUGACGCACCUCUAAGCAAGGUUUUAGUAGCUUUUUCAAGAAUAUCUUCGUGUGAUGGAACGUGGAGUCCGAAAAUUAAUUCUUUAAAUUUUGGAAUAUGCGAAAAAGAAAAUCAUGAUAAAUUUAUAGAUCCUAACAAUAAAAAAGACAAGAUGAGGAUAAUGACUUUUACAUGGAUUGAAGAUUCUUUCCGCCAAUCAAAGAAUUGUUUUGAUGUGCAGCAAACAUUGCUGGUCUUAAAACAAAUGAUUCUAUUGAAGAAUGGCAAUAAACAGAGGAAAGGCGACUAUAACCGAUAUGUGGCUGAAGUGGUCCCUUCGAGUGAGGAGUUUCUCCAGGCCAGCAAAGAGGCAUAUUCCCGGGCAGAAACUCUGUCGAAGGAUUUGCCUCCUGAGAAUAUUGUCAGACUGGGUCUGAUUCUGAACUUGUCUGUGUUUUACUACGAGAUCAUGAAUGACCCCAAGAAGGCAAUUCAGGUGGCCAGUGAGGCAUUUGCGGAGGCCUACGCGAACUAUGACGAGGAUUGGGACAACACUAACAACGAUGCUACCAAUAUUCUUAAGUUGAUGAAGGACAAUUUGGAUCUUUGGGGUUUUUUUGAGUGA